AUGGCUUUCCGAGGUGAGCGUUUUGUCCUAGACAUGGACGAGGACGAGAUCAGUCCUCCAGAGAAUCCACUCCCUUCCCCUUUCUCUCUCAUUGGAGAGAUUCAGGAGCGUGACCCGGCCCCGGCUGCACCGCCAGCUCCCAAUCCCACCGCCUCUUCCACCGGCUUCCCCGCCCACCGACGACGCAACAAGCCCUCCUCCUUCAAGCAACGAAGAGCAGAACAAGCAGCUCAGUCAGCUGAGCCAAAUAAAUCCGAUAACUACGCAGCACCAACUGCCCAAGAUGAUAAGGCCUCGAUCGCGGAGGAGAACAGCAAGCACCUGGCAUCCAUGUCGGAUGCGCAGAUUCAGCGCGAGCGCGAAGAACUGAUGGCCUCAAUAGAUCCGGGGCUGCUUGAACGUUUCCUCCGACGGGCAAAAAUUGAUGAGGAUGAUCAGUCAAGCAAGGAAGCGCAGAAGCCCACGGUCGAGCCGACGUCAAAUGAAUCGUCAUCAACAUCAAAGAAAGACGUUUCCUUCGCUAUUCCGGCUCCUGCUAUGGAGCCAACAAGCAAGGAUCCAGAGCCAACCCCGAAACCACGAAUGACCCAUCCAAAGCCCCCAACCAACGAUGAUUUCGCUCCCUCUCAAAUCCCACAAGACCUUCACCCUGCAUCUGAACGCCCAUCCCUAGUAGACCCUGCCAUGAUCGACACCUUCCACUUCCCCCAGCCAAAGCAACCGAUGCCAACACUCGACCCCAACGACCCAAACUUCCUCGCAGACAUGCAAACUCACUAUUUCCCAGAGAUGACCCAUGAUCCCGCUGCGCUCUCAUGGCUCAAGCCGCCUUCGGCCGAUGAAGAGGACCCAGACUCCACCUCUCCCUACCAUCCUAGCAGCAACGCCAUUGCCAUCGCUCCCUCUGCCAUUAGAUUCUCACUGCGUGGAACACUUAUCUCACCCAGUACCUCUCUCUCUCUCCCGACUACCCUUGGUCUCCACCAUCAUGGGGAAGAUCCGCACGCAGCGGGAUAUACUAUUCCGGAGCUGGCGAUCUUAUCGCGCUCAACGUUCCCUGCUCAGCGAUGUGUGGCAUGGCAAGUUAUUGGACGAAUUUUGUUCCGUCUUGGACGUGCAGAGUUUGGAGACCGCGGUGGUCAGCUGUCAGAAGGACUGUGGCAUGUGAUUGAGAAAGAGGGCAUUGUGGGAGGGAUGUUGGCCGAAGCUGAGGGUGCGUCUGGCCAGUUCCCGGGGAUGCAGUCUCGUACCAUUAAGGGUCAGGAUAAGAAAGAUGAUCAGGCUGAGGAAGGAAACCUGCCUGUUGCAUCGGGAAUUGGGCGUCAUGCCAGUGCUGCCGCAUGGGCUGUUGAGGGUGUGUGGUUGUGGCAAAAGGGUGGUGGUGGUGACCGUGGGUUAUUGAAGGAGGGCCAAAUCCGGUCUCAGUAG